AUGACGCCAAAUUGGCAAACGGCUGUCGCCAUCGCCAUCUCCCUCCUCCUACUCGCCGCCUCCGCCGCCGGAUCCGCCUUCCCCACGGCGUACGAACUCCUCCAAUCGUACGAUUUCCCCGCCGGCAUCCUCCCUCAGGGCGUCGAUCGCUACGACCUCGACCCUUCCUCCGGCAGAUUCAACGCCUACCUCAACGGCUCCUGCAGCUUCUCCCUCGAAGGCUCUUACCAGCUCAGGUACAAAUCGAAAAUCAGCGGCUACAUCUAUCGAGAUAAGUUAACCGAUCUAUCUGGGGUUAGCGUUAAGGUGCUUUUUCUGUGGCUCAACAUUGUUGAAGUUAAGAGAAAGGGCGAUAGCCUCGAAUUUUCUGUUGGGAUUGCGUCUGCUGAAUUUGGGAUCGAUAAUUUUUACGUUUGUCCGCAGUGCGGGUGUGGGUUGAAUUGCAAUAAUUUGGGUGAAAAUUCAGAAUUGGUGAAACUUAGGAGGAGUAACCUUUUGGAUUCUUCGAUUUAG